AUGCAUCAACACUCGUCCUCGACCGAGAUCGAGCCCACGACUUUGGAGGCGAACACGAGGGCUCUAAAUCAGCAGCACAGCAGCAGCAGCAGCAGCAGCGGUGGGGGCGGCGGUGGCGGAGACGGCGGUGAUGGUGGUGGCCGAGGUUGUGCUGGCAGCUACGGCGGUGGAGGAGCUGACAACAAAGAGAAUGUGGGCGUUUACAAGCACUUGUAUAGGGGUCCUCCUCCUCCUCCACCACUUCCGAUGUCAGUACGCGCUGCUCAGGCCCUCAACCGGGUGCCCGCUUUACGACCGGCCGCCUCGCCGCGCGCCGUUAUGGCAACGCCACCGACGUAUCGCUCGGGUGUUUUACGACGUAACUUGUGGAAUGAUGCGGGCGGAGUGCGGGGACGUGCUUCGGCCGCGAGGGAGGCGGAGGCGGCGGCGGCGGAGGGUGCACGUCCUCGUUUUAGGGGUGCUGGAUCGGGUCAGAUUGUUCAUGUGCCCGACGUCAGAUCAAUUUGGCUUACUCAUCAGACUGAGCUUCAGCCAACACCAAUCCUCACCAUCUACAAACGGCACCCAAACCGUUUGGUCAGCCCAUGAUCAAAUGUUUGCUCUGC